AUGUCUGGAUCGAAUCCUUUCCGACCUAGAAACCUGGGCAAUCCCGCAGAUCCAUUGUCUACCAACUCGGGCACUUUUGCCCCUGUUUUGCCCUCCAAGCCUCUAUCAACUUCACCUAUAACCCCGAAUGGUUACCCCAGGAAGUCGUCGAUAUCGCUCAAACGCGAGGUAGAUGAGUCGAGCUCCUCGGAUGAAGAGACAAACCCAUUCCACCCGGAUGUGUCGGCGAGCGAUAGUGAGGACGAAAUUAAUGGGUACAAGAGCUCAGCUCCCCAUAAGGAUGAUCGACCACGAGAAUCUUUUGGGUCAGCUCCACACCCAGCUCCAUCAACAGAUGGAUCCCCCAUAUCACCCGACCACAACAUGCGGUCUGCAACAGGUGCAGACAGCUCUCAUGCAGGACGUCCUGCGGCACGGUUGUCUGUAGAGCUUGACACAAGCAACCCUCUCGGCCGGGCCAAAGACAAGAAGCCGCCGCCUCCGCCUAGGAGUCAUCACGGCCGCAGAAUUGGCUCUACAGCUACCACAGAAUCAUCCCAGACCGCCCGGUCCCGGUCUACUAACCGCCUGUCAAUUCAUGGCUCCCAUGGGAAUGUGACUCCCGGCGCCUCGCAUCCCAGCUCGGUGUCUCUAUCAUCAGCCGCGGACUAUUUCUCAGUCCCGGGAGCAACAGGGUCGACGGACUCCCUCCAGCGCAGCCAGUCUCAGCAUAAGCGGCCCCCGACGCCACCUCUCAGUCGACGGCACAGCCAGAUGCGGAGAUCCAAGUCUACACAGUCCAAAACUAGCAGCAGAUUAAAUAUAUCUUACGACUCGGAGAGCAAUGAUAGCUCUCAGCCUCCCAGUCCAGUCCCUUCCAGUCGGGCGCUGGAAAGCAAGAGAAUCAGCAUGCCUCCACCAUCAUCGGGAGUCUUCCAGGCGUCUGCUUCAUUGGGAGAUAUCUCGCCGAACCUGUCUCCCCCCACUAACUCCAGACCAUCAUCACUGAAGGCUGGGCGGCGGGCAUCAUCCUAUGGGAGUGUACCGGGUGGCUCUACUGGACCACCCCCGCCCCCUCCGCCUCGGCGCACUCGAGAUUCCAUGGCCCGUAAUAGUGAUGUGAUGGGUUUGAAGGAGAACCAGACGCCAGCCCCACAACCAUCCAAUGCCCUUGACAUACUGGCCGAUCUCACCAAACUUCAGAAAGAGGUGGAUGAUCUUCGGGGGCAUUAUGAGAAUCGGAAGGUUGGUUAG